UAGAGCCACCAAGGAAGCCUUAACAUCAGAUGCACUGGACUCGUACCGGCCGUGGGACCUGUGCAGUCGGGCGCUCGUGGGACUGCUGCUCGGAGAGGACUCACGACGGACACAAUGUCUUCCCACUUGUAUGAGUUGAGCAUUCGGCUGCUCGGGGACACCGUUGGCAAGAUGAACGACAACCUGACCUCCGUGGUGCUGGCAGCGUCCGUCAUCACCCUCACGCUGGGGUACAUCUCCCAGCGGCUGCUCAAGCAGUCCUCUGACGACGGCAAAGAUCUGAAAUAUCCACCAUACAUCCCCUCCAGCGUCCCCUUCCUGGGCCAUGCCAUCGCCUUUGGGAAAAGCCCCAUUGAAUUCCUUGAGCAAGCUUAUGAAAAAUACGGCCCUGUGUUCAGCUUCACCAUGGUGGGCAGCACGUUCACUUACCUGCUGGGCAGCGACGCAGCCACGCUGAUGUUCAACAGCAAGAACGAGGACCUGAAUGCAGAGGACGUCUACUCCAGGCUGACCACUCCGGUGUUUGGCAAAGGAGUAGCUUACGACGUGCCCAACCAUGUCUUUCUGGAACAAAAGAAGAUGUUGAAGACCGGACUGAACAUUGCUCAUUUUAAGGACCAUGUGAAAAUCAUCGAGGCAGAGACCAUCGAGUAUUUCCAGAGAUGGGGAGACAGCGGGGAAAAAAACCUGUUUGAGGCCUUGUCCGAGCUGAUCAUCCUGACGGCCAGCAGCUGCCUUCACGGGAAGGAGAUCCGCAGCGUGCUGAACGAGCGAGUGGCGCAGCUCUACGCCGACCUGGACGGAGGGUUCAGCCACGAGGCCUGGCUGCUGCCCGGCUGGCUGCCGCUGCCCAGCUUCAGGAAAAGGGACCGAGCUCACAGAGAGAUCAAGAACAUCUUCUUCAAGGCGAUUCAGAAGCGCAGACAAUCUGAAGAGACCGUGGACGACAUCCUGCAGACGCUCAUCGAUGCCACCUACAAAGACGGACGACCCCUGAGCGAUGACGAGAUCUCGGGGUUGCUGAUUGGCCUCCUGCUGGCGGGUCAGCACACGUCCUCCACCACCAGCGCCUGGCUGGGCUUCUUUCUGGCCAAAGACAAAGCUCUGCAGGAGCGCUGCCACGCCCAGCAGAGGGCCGUGUGUGGAGACGGGAUGCGGCCCGACUUCGAUCAGCUGAAAGACCUGAGCUUGUUGGACCGCUGUCUGAAGGAGACGCUGCGUCUCCGCCCGCCCAUCAUGACCAUGAUGAGGAUGGCUCGCUCUCCACAGACGGUGGCAGGCUACACCAUCCCCGUGGGCCACCAGGUCUGCGUCUCCCCGACUGUCAACCACCGUCUGCAGGACACCUGGGUGGACAGGCUGGAGUUCAGCCCCGACCGCUACCUCGACGACAACCCCGCUGCAUUGGAGAAGUUUGCUUAUGUGCCGUUCGGAGCUGGUCGCCAUCGCUGCAUCGGGGAGAACUUCGCCUACGUCCAGAUCAAAACCAUCUGGUCCACCUUACUGCGCAUGUACCACUUUGACCUGGUGGACGGAUAUUUCCCCACGAUCAACUACACCACCAUGAUUCACACCCCUCACAACCCCGUCAUCAGGUACAAGAGGAGAGAGCAGUGAGCGGCGAGGAGCAAAGACACGAGGCGACUGUCCAACAUCCCGAGUGACUUCCUGCCACUUGAAUUUAGGAACCUUUAGAUGAACACGCUCUGCUUCAAGUUCAGUUUAGUUUGUGCUUCUUUCAGACCUACUUUCCCCUGAAUGUCAACCAUUGCUGAACCGUGUGUUUCCAGAGACGACUCUGACUUGAACACAUAUGCUAAUAUUCACAAUGUGAAUUCUUCAAAAUGGUCAGAAACAAGGUUCCUUGAUGGAGGGGAAACAUUUAUUGCGGCCCGAGUAACUUUUAUUCCGUGGAUAACUUUAAAACCAAGCAGUGUCUUACGUCAGUCCAUAUUGUCUGGGUGGAAGCUUGAGGGUUUUCUCAGCAGGUAUCCAGAGAACUUCAUGUCUGUCAUAAGUUAAUUUGGCCUUUAAACAAAAAUGACUAACUGAAUUAAGGAUCAGCUGUUGUGGGAUGACACCACUCUCAGAUCUUUUUCCUUCAAAAAUGUCUUUAAUCUCUAAAUUAACUAAACGAGGACGUCAUCUUUGAAGUGAUUUAAAGGUGACCUGUGCCAAUUAAGAACCGUGCACCUGGACCUCGUUGGGUUAACGAGCGCUGACCGAGAUCUCACUUUGUUGUUGACGAGACUUGAAUCAAACUGUAAAAUGUCUUUUCACAUAAAUAACUCUGCUCGUGACCUUUUGGUUCAUUUCGUCCUUUUUGAGAUUUUUGUUCAAGAUUCUUUUUAUGUUCAAUAAAGAAACUGGAAAAAAACA